CAUGUUUUCUACUUGUUAAGAUUUCUGAAGGGAGCUUCAAGUGUUGAUCAACAUUUCCACUCAGCACCAUUUGAGAAAAAUAUACCUGUGAUUUUAGGCUUGCUGAGUGUAUGGAAUGUUUCAUUCCUUGGAUAUCCAGCAAGAGCAAUAUUACCCUACUCUCAAGCAUUGGAAAAGUUGGCACCUCAUAUUCAACAGGUCAGUAUGGAGAGUAAUGGGAAAGGGGUGUCUAUUGAUGGUGUCCCUCUUCCUUACCAGACUGGUGAAAUUGAUUUUGGUGAACCAGGGACGAAUGGCCAACACAGCUUUUACCAAUUAAUUCAUCAGGGACGUGUUAUUCCUUGUGAUUUUAUUGGUGUUGUUAAGAGUCAGCAACCGAUUUACCUGAAAGAUGAAGUGGUGAGUAACCAUGAUGAGCUCAUGUCGAACUUCUUUGCGCAGCCAGAUGCCCUUGCUUAUGGGAAGACACCAGAGCAGUUGCAAAAGGAGAGUGUCCCUGAGCAUCUUGUUUCUCAUAAGACUUUUUCUGGAAAUCGACCUUCUCUAAGUAUACUACUUCCAUCAUUGAACGCGUACAACAUUGGGCAGCUACUGGCCAUCUACGAGCACAGAGUUGCAGUCCAAGGCUUCGUAUGGAAUAUCAAUUCUUUUGAUCAGUGGGGUGUGGAGCUAGGAAAGUCUCUAGCGACUAAAGUCAGAAACCAACUUCAUGCAUCUCGUAAGAAAGGGGAAUCAGUUGAAGGCUUCAAUUUCAGCACCAAAACGUUGAUAACAAGAUAUCUUGAGGCAAGUGCUGAUGUUCCUUCUGAUCCUUCAACUCGUCUACCAAAUAUGUGAGGAUUGAGUUUGAUAAUCACAGUUUAACGGAGGUCUCAACUUCGCUACCAAGCAAAAAUGAACUAAUGUUAACCAACCAGUUUCAAAGUUACAUCCAAGUUUUUGGUGUUGUAUGGCCACUCAUCUUGGCAAACGUAUCGCUGCAGUUUUAUCAAUAAAAAUUGAAUUUUGGUUUUGCAACUCUUUAA